CUUGCAAAGCUUGGACAAGAAAAGAAGGUGGACUAUCUACCCAUAUGUCUUCCCUUUCCCACCCACAAUCUGUAUGGGCCACAAGGUGGGCUGGCUCAUUUAGUUUUCUGCUAAUGUAGGACCAAGCAACAGGCCCUAGCCCAGUCGCCUUCCUCCUUAUCUCUUCAUAGACUCGACCCAACUCUAGCUGGGUUUGUUGCUCUCCCCUGAGAAUUCUCGCCACCCUUUGACAAUCCAUCUGGAUCUCAGAGUUCAAGAAAUGGUACCGACCAACAAUCUCUACCCCGAAAUCAACCGCCAUCGCCUCCGCCAGGUCGGGAUCCCACUGUCGCCUCGAUCUCUUCACUGCCUCCAGCCUGAAGGCUCCGGCGCGAUCCCUUACAACCACUCCCAGCCCCGUUCCCCGAUCCUGCAGGCAUGCCGCGUCAACGGUCAUCGUGAAAUCGGCAGCCGUCGAUGGGGCCCAUUUCGUCUGCUCCGCUUGCUGAGUUCGCUCCCUCGGCGACUGAGCUUCCAGAUGAACCACAGAGCUACCAGGAAGCGGCCGAUCUGUUCGUCUGGCUCGUGCUCUUGCAAUUCGCAGAACCAUUCCUCAGAGGUGGAACACCCAAAAGGUCUCCCAGACGGACACGGAUGCGGGCACGGUCAGCAAGUGAAAUCAGAUCACCAUGAGUAACAACGACGAUGGGUUUAUCAUCUGCCAAACGGGGAAGACAAGCAGCACAGAGGCAUGACCAAAUAAUUUCUGACUCCUAAUUGCAAAAAGAACUAAAGAUGAAAAAUUGACAGAAGAUGCAAAAAGUAACUGGUGGUUUCUUGUAAAACGUUUCUGCAUGCCUAAGUAAAUCCUUGACCACCACCAAACUCUUCCCCCAGCUCUAACAACAAGGCUAUGAUUGAGAUUUGAGAAACAAGAUUUUCGUGCAGUUUCAGUACCUUUAAAUGACAAGUAGGGACAGUUGAAUGUUGUAACAAUCAUUUGGGUAUAUUUGGUGCCUCGCUCACAAUUUGUCUCCAUUGCUUUGAGAACUUCAAGCCCAUUGAUGACAAAUAUUACAAAGUUCACCUUCCUCUUUUCUCUGGACCAGCAACCACUCUGGCGAGCUUUGCCCUUCAUUCUUUUUACUAAACUUGAACUGUCUGAUGGCCUGUGUGUAAAACCAAUUAAGAGAUAUCGUGUAGGAAUUUCAAAAAAAUUAUUGAGUUAAUGGAAUUUCCAAAACCAGCGAGAAACAAAUAGUAAUUGAACAAUGAAGAGUUUAGACCUGAGUAUCAGCCCCCCGUUCCGAACACCUUUAGUCAUCAACUGCUUGAGCAUCUCAAUGUUUUCAGAUGUGCUAUCUGACAAGCCACGGGUGUCAUAAAGACAAAAUGAACUUGAAUCUCUAGGAACCGAAUACUCCUGAAGGAAGUAUGUUCCAUCUCCAAACAACAGAUUACCUGAAACCAAGAGAAUAACACCCACAAUCAAUUCAAGACCAAAUUGAACAACUUAACCAUUGAUGCAGCAGGGUAAUCUGCAGAGUGACGUGAAAAAGGAGGGAGGAAAAAAAAAUGCAGCAACACAUACAUGAUACUUGCGCUCUUUCAGAAGCAAACUUGCCCUUUUCAAACACCUUUGAAAUCCGAUUAACAAGGCUGCUCUUUCCACAUCCUUUUGGACCAACCAGCAACAAUGUUGUUGUCUCUGGAACGUUAUAGUUGCUACAUUUCAUCGCCCUGGAGUUUUCAACCCAUCUUCCAGGUGUGUAGCUGCAAGUCGGAUUGAAAAUGAAACAGACUUUAGCGUCAAAACAACAUGAGAAUGACACUAGUAUCUUUUUCUGAAUCCUAGAUGGUCUGAGUCAAGCAAGAACAACUUGACUCCUUGUAACACAAAUAAUAGUCACAUUAGCUCCCAUUAAGCCUAUAAUAAGAGACAGCAUUUAUGAAUUAUGAUCAUUCUGCAAGAGAGCAAAACUACCUCAAAAUCUUGGUUUUCAAAUCAUCAAGGGCCUCAGUCCUCACGUGCGACUGAUCAAAACUUUGCAAGAUUUCCCGGUAAACCCUGCAUUUAUUCUUCUUCUUGGCUUCACAUCUGCAAGGACCAUGAUUGGGAAUUGUUUGAUCGUCUUUCUCCGAGGAAGGGGCGAAACAUAAUCAAUUUGAAUUCGGGACAGCUAUUCGAAAUCUUAGUGAAAGACUGGAUUCAAGAAAAUUUGCAGAAAUUCUCCUGCCGGAUCCCUGAAGUUCUUCAGACACGAAAUUGUGCCCUUCACCCACAAGUUUAGCAUCCAAAUCCCUGCUCACAAUUAGCCACAAGUCCACCCCUAUAAGCGAACAAUUGAUCAGGAAACCGAAUUCUCGGUUUAGUUAGUUCAGUCAACAGAACCAGUCCAACACGGCAAAAUCGAUGCAUUAGCGCGAUCGAUCCCCAAACAGGGAUUGUAACUAAGCAAUUACAGAAGAAAGAUUUCCUUUUACU